CAAUGUCUGACCUUUCCAGUUAACCAGAUCCACACUAUUUAAGCCUCCGUCUGGUUAGCGUCAUUCCAGCGGUAACCUGUCCACAGUGGAGGCCGUUUCUUUCUGGCCCGAGUAGGUCCCAGGCUGUCUUUCUGGUCACUACCCAUUUACUUUGGGGCCCCGAUAGCCAUUGGCAGCGGCGGCAGCCACCAAGGUUUGACUCCAGCAUCCACUGUUGCCAUCACUACUAGUUCCAGCACCAUGCUGUUUACAUCAAUCUCAAAUAUUUCCACCUCCACUGCUGCUACUGGGCUCUCAUUUGGUGCCCCAACAACUUCAGCUGGAAUGCUUGGUGAUAUAACUAUGGGAUUUAGAUUAAAAUUCUCUGGAGAGGGUGGAGCAGCAUCUACUGUAUCUACUACAACAUCAACAACCACCACUACCACUGUUACCACUACCACAACAACCACAACCACAACCACCAGUGGCUUGGCCUUCAGUCUAAAACCUCUGACAUCACCUGGGAUUAAUAACACUAUUCCAGUCGGUUUCGCUUCUAUACCUUUUACUUCAACUGUUAAUGCAAUCGUAACUCCCGUGAUGACAUAUGGUCACCUGGAGGAUCUGGUAAACAAAUGGAGCCUUGAGUUAGAGGAUCAAGAGUACUUUAUUCACAAGGCCACCCAAGUCAAUGAUUGGGACUAUACUUUGAACGAGAAUGGUGAGAAGAUUACUACUUUAUAUAGAAAAGUGGAAAAAGCAAAAUUGGAUCAGAAAAGGCUGGAACAAGAAUUGGAUUUUGUCCUGUCACAGCAGAAUGAACUAGAAGAUCUCUUGACUCCUCUAGUGGUGACUAUGAAGGGCCAUAGGGGGUCUGUUUAUCAGCAGCAUGAAGAUGAGGAUUGUGAGAGGAUUUACAAAUUAGCAGAAAAUGUAGAUGCUCAGCUGAAACGAAUGACCCAGGAACUUAGGGGCAUUAUUGAGCACCUGAAUAUAUUUGGAAGACUUGCUAACACUACUGGCCCGUUCCAGCAGAUCUGCAAAAUUCUGAGUGCUCAUUUGGACUCUCUACAAUGGAUUAUCCAGAAUUCAGGCAUGCUGCAAAGGAAGAUAGAAGAGGUAACACAGGUUUUCAAGGAUCUUCAUUGCAAGGAGCAGGAACACAAUAUGAGCAUUGCUUUUGAUUGAAUGACUGUAUCUUCAGCAUGUUGUUUUGGGGGUAUAUGUUACCUGCAAAUUUCGAUGAUGUUAAAUAUGGUAGUUACAAUUGUUAUUUACUCUUUGGUUGCAAUUAAGUGUGCAUGUAUUUAGGGUUUUUAUUUCAUUUAAAUAUUGUGCUGUUGGGAACUAUGCUGUAGUUUGACUCAGUAUUAGCAAAUCAAAACUAUAUUAGCCCUUUUGUCUAGGCAGCACCUAUUAGAUGUUGACUCUGUAUUUAUAAUCUGUAUCUUACUCUCCUGGAUCCCAUAGCCUACCACCAGCAUACAUCAUCAUCUUUCUCACUCCGACAAGACCAUAGACACAUACUCGCCAAAAUAUAAAUGCCAACUAGGCUUUGCUGGUUGCACGUUACAUAAUAGUGCUAGAUACUGUAAAUCUCUCUCUUAAAAGGAACUUGCUAUCUAGUUUGAGAUGUAAUUAAUGAAUGCAUGCCUGUAUAAAAACAAUGUCAACAAUACAAAGAACUAUGAUAUGAAUUACUGAAAGUGUGCUAUAGAAAGAAAUUCAGAGACAGAAGGAAAAGUUGAGUUAGGUUUGAGACUUGAAUUAAGUUAUUUUUAAAAGGACAAGCUUCAAGCAAUUUGUUUUUCGUUUUUUUGUUUUUUGUUUUUUGAUGUACAGUUGUCCUGGUGUUUUACUUGAUUUCAGCAUAUGGUUUAUAGUUGUUUGUUUUUCUAUAUUUAUGUUUUUCAAGAAAAAGCUAUAUUCUUACCUUGAUCUCUUAUUUCAUGUUUCACUUAAGUCAUAAAUAAAGGUGAUGUUCUAAAAAAUAAAAGCAUAACACCAAAAUAAACUACUUGAAUGUUU